GGGUGAGAAAUGCAUUAUCCAUUCUAGCGGGAAGAAACAAAACGGUUGGAGGAGACCAACAAUGGUCUUGGUUUGUUCUUCUUCCACACUUUCACUCACAAAGCUUGUUCCUUUCACUUCAACAACACCAUUUGGUUCCUCUUUCCUAUCCAACAGAGACACUAAUGUUUCUGUUGCUGUUCCAUUACUUGUUUGCCAUGCUAAGAAAAAAAUCGGUUUUUUUGAUCAAAUUCUAGAUUACAUUGAAGGUGGUCCUAAAUUAAGGAAAUGGUAUGGUGCACCUGAUCUUCUUGAAAAAGAAGGUACUUCCACAGCAAAUGAUGGUGAUGAUGAUUUUCCAGAAGAUGAAGUUAGGGAUGCAGUCCUGGUAACAGACGGAGAUAGUGAGAUCGGUCAGAUGGUGAUAUUGUCAUUGAUUGUAAACAAAUCUCGAAUAAAGGCAUUGGUGAAGGAUAAAAGAGUUGCACUUGAAGCCUUUGGAAAUUAUGUUGAGUCAAUGACAGGAGAUACAAGCGACAACCGAUUCCUCAGGAAAGCUCUGAGAGGAGUUUGUACAAUUAUAUGCCCAAACGAGGGUUUUAUUUCCAGUGUUGGUAGCCUUCAAGGGGUAAAGCAUGUGGUCCUCUUAUCACAGUUGUCAGUUUAUAGUGGUAAAACUGGCAUUGAAUCUAUGAUGAAAAACAAUGCAAAGAAAUUGGCUGAGCAAGAUGAAUCUGUAUUAAGGAGCUCAGGAAUUCCUUACACCAUAAUCAGGACCGGUGAAUUACAAGAUACACCUGGUGGGAAGCAAGGCUUUACCUUUGACAAGGGUGUUGCAGCUACCGGAAGUAUUAGCAAAGAAGAUGUGGCGUUCGUAUGUGUAAAAGCACUGGAGUUUGUCCCACAAACUGGACUCAUAUUUGAAGUGGCCAAUGGGGAAAAUAAAAUUCCAGAUUGGAAAGAGUGUUUGGCCACAUUGAUGGAGAAAUCAAGUCAGCAACCUCUUCAAUGAACAUUCAUAAGACAUGCAGCCAAAAUAUGGCUGUCAUUAAAUCAGAACAAAAUUUGAGUUUAUGUUUUGCAUCUGAUCUAUUGAUAUUGAAAUGAGCAAUCCAAUCUUCAUAUGUUGGUUUGUUUUUACUGCAACAAAUCCAAGUUCGUGUAUCUUCAUUUUUAUUCUUUAUGUAUCAAGUGCAAAUGGUAUGUAUUCCAUUUCAAAAAAUCUCAUGAUUUGCGGUUUUUCUAACCUUCAUCUGAACAAAAUUAUUGUCUUUGAGCUAAAAUUAGAACUAGACCUCUGCAUAUGUUACUAAAGUUCUACAAUGAACCUUCAUUGUUGCAAGGUGCAAUGAUCCCUACUGCUUUAAACAUGAAUCCAGAAAUCGACCAGCUUCGCAUGUGA